CGUCGGCGACAUCGGAUGGUGCGGGAUUCGAAAGCACAAACUUUCAACUUAAACAUCAUGGGCUCAGACAAAGAUGACAAGCCACCUCUUAAGAGAUACAGGCGGGAGGAGUCAGCCAGCUCUGACUCAGACAUAGAUGACUACAAACCUUAUGUUCCUGUGCGGGAGCGCAAGAAGGAGGUGAUCAGCCGCCUUUCCCGCGUGCUGCAGCUUCAGGACGAGGACCGGCGCAGCGGCCGCUCCAGCGAAGCGGAGAAAGAGUCGGACGGAGCGGAAAAUCAGGAGAAGCCACAAGAGGAAGACGGGGAGGAGGACAUUCAGGCGAUGGCCAGGAAAGCUAACAUAUCCCUUCUGGAUCAGCAUACAGAGCUGAAAAAGAAGGCGGAGGCCAAGAAAGAGAGCGACAUCGAGAAGCAGCUGAAGGAGGAGCAGAAGCUGCUGGAGAACGUGGCUGAGAAGCGGGCUCUGAUGGCGGCCGCCGAGCUGGCCAAGGGCAUCGAGUAUACGGAGCCCAUCAAGACCAGCUGGCGCGCCCCGUCGGCCGUGCUGGAGAUGCCAGAGGCGCGUCACGCGCGUGUCCGCCGCCGCCACCACAUACUCGUCGAUGGCGACAAUGUGCCGCCGCCGCUCAAGACCUUCGAGCAGAUGAAGUUCCCGGCCGCCGUGCUCAAGGUGCUGCGCAAGAAGAACAUCGUCAAGCCAUCGCCGAUCCAGAUCCAGGGGCUGCCGGCUGUCCUCGCCGGCCGGGACAUCAUCGGCAUCGCCACCACCGGCAGUGGCAAGACGAUGGUGUUCGUCCUGCCGCUCGUCAUGUUCUGCCUGGAGCAGGAGAAGCGCAUGCCGUUCAUGAGCGACGAGGGACC